AUGCAUAGCAUCACUCCCCAAGGACCCUUCACAACCCUCCCUAAAGAGCUCUAUAUCUCAAUAUCCGAGUUCCUCCAGAUCCCAGACCUAAAUGCCUUUACCCGCACCAACACAUCAACCCACACCCUCCUAAACAGCAUCCUUUACAAACGCGAUGCAAUCUCACCAAACCCCAUCGCUCUCUUCCGGGCCUCAACCCACAACAACCCCUCAAUAGCCCUAAAAGCCCUCUCUGCAGGCACAGACAUCAGCUCAAAAACAGACACAGACCCACGUCUGAAAGGCUGCACCCCAAUUCUCUUAGCAUCCUUCUACAACAGCCUCGCAGUACUCAAAAUCCUCCUUUUAAACGACGGAGCGACCCCCAAUUCCCGGGAUAGGAAAUGGAUCCGGCCCCCGCUCUCCUGGGCCGUCAGAGAAGGCCACCCGGAGAUCGUGCAGGCACUUCUGGAUGACGAUCGCACGGACGUCAAUCUGCAGGACAAAGCGGGCGACACGGCCCUCAUGAUCGCCGUCAACUCCCAGCCCAAAAUGGUCACCCUGCUUCUUGUCAGCGGGCGCGCGGAUCCUCGCGUUGCGAAUCGUCAGGGCUGGACGCCGCUUAGUCGUGCUGCGCGCGAUAUGGAUGGCGAGGUUGAAAUGCUGCUUGCAAGGCAUUUGCAGCUCAUUCUGGAUGGCUAUGAUGGCGCUGUGCAUUGUCAGCAUGUGUUUUUCUAUGCGGCUAUUAUGGGCCAUGUGGAUGUAGUACGGUAUCUAGUAGCGUAUUUUGGGGAGAAGCUGGAUCCUAAUGCCGAUGGACAGCAGUAUGGGCGAGGGGCGUUUUCAAUUGCAGCGGCUGGUGGGCGGGUGGAUGUUGUGAGGUUUUUGUUAGGGUGGAGUGUUACGGAGCCAAAUUUGCAGACGCAUUGGAAGCGGCAGACGCCUCUGUUUGUUGCUGCGGAGGAGGGGAAGAAGGAUAUCGUCGAGGUGUUGAUCGGGUCUGAGAAGGUUGGGUUGGAGAUUCCUGAUAUGCAUGGGACUACUCCGUUGGGGGUUGCGGCAAACAGGAAUCAUGUGGGGAUUGUGAGGCUGCUACUGAAUGCGUCGAGGCCGGCUGAUCCUAAUGCGCGUGAUGAGAAUGGUCAGACCCCGCUGUUUAACGCUGCUUACUACGGCCAUUUGGGCGUCGUGGAACUAUUACUUGAUGCGCCUGGAAUUGAUCCACACUUAACAGAUAGCGAUGGAUCCACGGCAUUGCAGGUUGCAUUGAAUAAUGGGAACACGGAUGUUGUGGAGGUUCUGAAAAAACACAUAGCGAAUUCAUUAUGA